UUGUAACACUUCAAUUUUCUUUAGACGACAUAUGGUGAUGCCAGGCAAAGAUGGCUGUCUGCCUGAAAUGUUUGGAUACUGGCCUUGGGUCAAAUGUUCUCUUGAGUGCCUCACUUUGCAGUUACAUCUAGACAAACCUAAUAGGGGUCUUGAAUCCUGCACGUAGACAUUUGCUUCAUCUCUUACUUGUUUUUCUCUACGUAUUGAUUUUGAACGCCUUUAGGAGGGGUCUGCCACCCCCAUUUCCCCCCCAGGUGUGAUGUUCCCCCUUCUCUUAACACCCAGCAGCUUUUCCCAUUCGCGGGUGUGACUGCCAUCCUGAAGUCAUUUGCGUUUGGGAGCCCUGGUCCUGCACAGCCCUCGACAGAGGUGGGAAGAGCCCUCAUGCAAACCCAACCGAAAGUCUUUUCCAUUGGCUCCGGUUCUUAUCUCAGUCCCAGGGCCCUGAGUUAAAAACCCGGAAGUAGCCACGUCAGAAAGGAAGAGCUGGUCCUCCAGUACCGGAGUGCUCUCUGAAAAAACAAGCCAGCACGACUCAGGUGUGACUAGGUGUGAGGAGUCCUCAUUCUUACCUCUGCCACAGUCCUGGGCAUUGUCACGGUGCUCCGGCAGAGAGCCCACUCCACAGAACAGUAUCAGCCUCUGCCGCCUUGUCAUGACUCCGUGGAAUCCAUGCAGGUGUUCAAACAGCACUGUCAAAUAGCAGAAGAAUACAAUGAGGUCAAAAAGGAAAUCGCUCUGCUUGAGGAAAGGAAAAAGGAGCUCAUUGCCAAGCUGGAUCAGGCAGAAAAGGAGAAGGUGGACGCCGCUCAGCUGGCCCGAGAAUUCGAGGUACUGAUGGAGGAGAACCGGACAUUGAAGUUGGCUCAGUCCCAAUGUGUAGAACAGCUGGAAAAACUUAGAAUACAGUAUCAGAAGAGACAGGGCUCAUCCUAACUUGAAACUAUUCAAUGUGAGCAUAAAAGGUCGGUGACUGUUGUGUGCUGGCCAAAAGAUUUUCAUUUUAAAGGGAUAGUGUGUAAAACCUACUGUUUCUUUCUAUUACCCACGUGGCAAACAUCUGUAAUGAAUUUAAUGCUUGCCAGAUCAAGUUUGUGAGAAGGGAGAUUAUAUUUUAAAUAAGAUGAUUAAAGCAAGCCUAUUGGCAGUAUACGUUUUCCGAGAUCAUAACUCACUUCCAAAGAUACAUUUUUUUUCUUAUUUACGAAGAUGUGAUCAGAGUGUACAUCAGGGUAGAAAAAGAUGAAAAUAGAAUAUUAACUGACUCCGCUAACAAUUGUGAACAGAAUUAAGCCAGGAAAACAAACUAGUAAGAUGCUCACUGUAGUUUCAUACCCGUGUAUUUUUAAAUUUCGUGUCUCGAAUAUUUCAACUAUGCUCAAACCUGAAGUCAGAAACUUCUGCACACAUUUUUAUGUUCACCAGAGUUAGGCUUAAUCCCUCAAUGAUUGAUUGUACUGAGAAUAAAUGGUUGCAUAUCAUAAAAGAUUUCUCAUGAAAAUAUUAGCAGAAAGCAUGUUUGUGCCAAAAGCACACUGCCAGUGCUAACUUGCUGUUGUAAUAAAAAGCUGAUAAGGCUGCAUUUUUUUUUCACGCCAUGUUACCUGACGGUAAACAUCUCUGCCUUUGCUUGUGUGUGUUCUGGGGGCAUGCGGGAAAUGGAAAAGUAUUGUUUGGAUGUUGCUUUGGUGAGUUCCCAUGAAAACAUGAGUAAAACUAUGACUAUGACUUUGUUUUGGAUUUAAGGAGAGGUUUUGGAUCAGUGAUAACUAAUAAGAAUAUAUGAGUAAUUUCAAGAAUAAAAUGAUUCGUCUCUUGUUCCAACUAUCACCAUAGUUCCCCAAAUGGAUCUUUGUUUUAUGUCCAUUUCUGUUCAUGUAACUUCUUUUUCAUUAAACACGAAUCAAACUGUCA